GUUUGGGAUUAUCAGAAGUGGGCCACUAUGUCACUUUCACAUCAGGUUCUGGUGAAUUAUGAAUACAAGUACACUGCUCGUGAUGGCAGAGAGGUGUCCAUCAAACCCAACGAGCACUACAUCCUAGUAGCCAAGACCAAUGAAACCUGGUGGCAUGUUCGGAAGGGUGAAACCGAUAAGCCUUUUUUCAUCCCAGCAACCUAUGUCACCGAACUCCCACCUGAGACCGACCAAACCCCACCGGACCCUCCAGAAGAGUUUAGCGGAAGUGAAUACCUCAAGUCCAACUCAGAGACAGCUCCUGAUAGACUUCCUACCAUCAUUGAGCCCGCUGAAGUCACACUCCGAGUCCCUGCCUCUAUAAAACGAGACACGGAGAAGGAUGGCCAUAGAAUAUCAACAUUUAUUAUUCCAAAGGAAUUCUUUGAACUGAAAGGUUUGGAUCCAGAUCCAAUAAAGACUGAAGCAAAGCCCUGUCCUGUGCCUGAACUCCACCUCUAUGACAACAUUAAGGACAUGCCUUCCAUCCACACUCCUCCAACUAAUGGGGAAACACCACCCUCUAUGUUACUGCCACCUCUCCACACAGUUAACACACCUCAGUCCCCCAAAAUGGAGAUAAAGUCAACCGUAAAUGCAACAGAAAGGCCUCAGGUGGACUCGAAGGCCCUAGAUCAAGAUAUUCAGAUGCUCAAUAGAGCUGGCUGUGGUGACGUCUGGAAUGACAUUAAUAAAGAUGAGAAUGUGUACGAAAGUUUGGAUACAGCAAGAGAACCAGAAUCCUCAAUAGCCAAAGAUAAUAUGACUGUAAAGCCUGUCACACCAGAUAAGAAUAUGGUAGAGGAUGACAGCGAUCUCACAGCGGUGUAUGUAAACCUCCCCCGGGUGCGACAGAAUAGCCUUGACCCCUCCAGUACCAUCGCCUCUCCAUCACAGGAGUUCCCGGACCCUCCUGAUACCCUUCUGUUAGACUCUGCGGGAUGGCAGAUCCAUACUGACGACCAGAGCGGGCAAGAGUACUACUACCACCCCUCUACGGGCCGCAGCACCUGGGAGUAUCCUCUCAGCUACUCCAUGGAGUCUUCAGAGGGGACAGAGGAGCCUCGUUCUCCUCCCUUGUUCCCCCAGUCUCCCAUCAGCCCGCCUCUAGUCCCUUCUCCUCAGAGGUGGAGCUCGGACUGGGAGAAGGUGCUGGAUGAGAAUAGUGGCAGGCAUUACUUCUUCAACCCUGUGUCGGGUCAGAGUUCAUGGGAUCCCCCAGAGGACACCACCUCACCAGGGGAGUUUCUGGAAGAUUGCCCGCCACCACUUCCUGAGGAAGACUACCCAGCAUCUCCAGAUCUGGAGGAAGAAGCAUCUCCUCUCUCGAUGCCAUCAGAGUAUUCUUUGAUUCAUCUGAAGAAGGUCUCAAUCCCCAGGGCCAGUCUGGACCCCAGCGUCCCACCAGGCUGGACCCUCAGCAUCGACCCUGAAGGGACUUGGGUCUUCACGAGCGACUACACGCAAGAACAGUGGAUCAAGUCGAUAGACGAUCGAGGACGGACGUACUACUACCUUGAAGAUGGCAGCAAGUCCCAGUGGAACUUACCUGAGUACUCUGAUAGUCCAGGACCAUAUGCAGUUGGAAAUGGGGCUUCAGUAGAGCAGGACACAAUGGGAUCCAAGCAGAACUGGAGGCACAGUGCAGUAUACCAGGAAGAUGUUUCAAACUUGGAAAAAGCUGGAAUCCUGAACAAAACCAAGGUGUCUGAAAACGGGAAGAAAAUUAGGAAGAACUGGAGUAAUUCCUGGACGGUUCUCCAUGGAGGAAUACUGACAUUCCAUAAGGAUCCAAAGUCACCAGCUGGAGCAUCGGGCAAAACCAAUCAGAAAGUCCCAGAAUUCACAGUGGAGCUGAAAGGGGCAACAAUUAACUGGGCAACCAAGGACAAAUCAAGCAAGAAAAAUGUUUUGGAACUUAAGAGUCGGACGGGUGUGGAGUACCUGAUCCAGUACGACACUGAGAGCAUCAUCACAGACUGGUAUAAAAUCAUCUCAGACACCAUACGCCAGCUGGAUCCGCGUCAGGAUCUAGAACAUCAGCACCACUCUGAGGACGAGGAGGACGUCGUUGAGAAGUCCUCGAGCUUAGACAGAGAGGACAGACCCUUCCACAAAAGAACUAUGAGCAAUGCAUCUCGUAAUCCUUCAUCCAACUCGGCAUCUGAAGCAGAUCAGAAGAAGGCCCGUACCAAACUGAUGAAGUUCCUCCUCAAGCGGCCCACCCUGCAGUCGGUCAAAGACAGAGGAUACAUCAGAGAAAAUGUAUUCGGAAGUCACUUGCACAAUCUUUGCAGCCAAGAAAAGACCAGAGUGCCCAGUUUUGUGGAGAAAUGCAUCCGGACAGUGGAGAAAAAAGGUCUGGAGAUCGAUGGACUCUACAGAGUUAGUGGGAAUUUGGCGGUCAUCCAGAAAUUGCGUUUCAAAGCAGAUCAUGAGGAUCUGGACCUGGAGGAGGGGAACUGGGACAUCCAUGUGAUCACAGGAGCGCUGAAGCUCUUCUUCAGAGAGCUGCAGGAGCCUCUCUUCCCUUACAAUCUCUUCAAUGAUUUCAUCAGUGGAAUCAAAAUCCCUGAUUAUUACAGUAAAAUAGCACACAUGAGAAAUCUGGUACGGUCUUUGCCACCACCCAACCGUGACACAAUGGAGGCCCUCUUCAGCCAUUUACGCAGGGUUAUUCAACAUGGUGAUGAGAACAGAAUGACUGUGCAGAACGUGGCUAUCGUUUUCGGCCCAACGUUACUCAAACCUGAGGAGGAGACAGCAAACAUCACCACCUACAUGGUCUUCCAGAACCAAAUUGUAGAGUUCUUACUCAAUGAAUUUGAGUCCAUCUUCCACAUGUGAUUGACAGGAAAGUGCACUGAAUACAAAACCCAUUUAAAUGCUGGAGAGGGACAGUAUACAGAUCUGUGAAGGAAAGCCUCUGAUUGGCAGAAUAGAGAUGCUACUGAAAUCUAGAACAGUAGCAUCUAAUUAAUAUAUUAAUAUCACUGAAGCGUUUUACAUGAGCAGUUUAAAUGUUGGCCGAUAAGGUACAGCUAAAAUGUAGUUUAAAAUAAUGUGUUGUGUUUCCUUAUAGAUUUAAAGAGAGCUGCGUCACAAGAAGUUAUGUAAGAAUAUCAGUGAGCUUUCUUUUUAAACUUUUUUUUUUAGCUUCUCCUGUUUUUUCCUGCUACGGAAAGAGCGUAAUAAUAAUUUAGUUUCACUUGCUUUCCUGCUUUUUCCUUGUCUUUCUGUAGAGUCGUGCAAACACUGUAAGUUUUUACCGUAUUUGUUUGGAUUUGCAAUGUGAUAAUAGGAAAAUAAUAUAAAAAAUUUCAACAUUUUAUGUUUAGGUGUCAAUUUUAGUUUUUUAUUUUAUUAUUUAAUACUUGCAUCUGUAACAUAAGAAAAUACUGCAGGCCUGUUACUGUAAAUUGGAAAUGCUAAGUUGUAAGACUUGUACAUUGUCAUUAAAGGCACAAUAUUUUAGAAUAUUUUUUUGUUUUGGUACCAAAAUAUAGAAUCUGAAUUUGCACAUAGAUGAAGCAUUAAUAUUUUAUGAAAAUUGGCACACUCAUAUAGUACCCACUGUAAGAUGUUUGAAGGUGUGUGUGUGUGUGUGUGUGUGUGUGUGUGUGUGUGUGUAUAGAAAGGGCAUAUUUAUGCUGUACAUUACCUGAAGUACGCAAGCUUUUAAUAAAGUAACUCUUUUAUAAAGUAA